UCAUCUUGUGAUAUCUCGGGUGAAUUGACUUUAGUAACUUCUCAGACACGAACUGUAGCGGACGUUUUAUUUAAAGAAUACAAACAUAAAUCACAGAUAUGAUUGUGGCAGAAGCUUGGAAAGCGAACUACCUCUACUGGUUACUACCAGCAAUACUUUUACUUGGUCUUCUUGCAUUCUUCGGUCUGAUCGCGGUAUUUUUCGCUAUUCGUUUUUACGCUAAGUUCACUUGCGGAAGAUAUCGCGAGAGCACCAGAAUGGAUGGAAAGACGGUUAUAGUGACUGGAUGUACCAGCGGAAUAGGAAGAGAAACUGCUAAAGAUUUGGCGAAAAGGGGCGCAAAAGUUAUUAUGGCCUGUCGCAAUUUAGAUAAGGCUGAGCAAGUCAAAGAUGAAAUAUUACAGACGACGAAAGACGCGACCGUUCUAGUUAAGAAACUGGAUCUCAGCUCGUUUGCGUCAAUACGAUCCUUCGCUGAAGACAUAAACAAGAACGAGAAACAUUUGGACGUCUUAAUCCACAACGCGGGAUACGCCGAGACGUUCAAGAAGAACAAAUCCGAAGACGGCAUAGAACUUACGAUGGCCACUAAUCAUUAUGGACCAUUCCUAUUGACCCAUCUUCUGGUAGAUUUACUGAAAAAGAGCGCUCCAUCAAGAGUGGUCGUCGUGGCGUCCUCAUUAUACAGACUCGCAUCCGUCAAUUUGGACAACCCCAAUCCCUUGACGACUAUGCCGGGAUAUCUCUAUUAUGUGUCUAAGGAAGCAAAUAUUCUCUUCACCAGGGAAUUGGCCAGGAGAUUAGAAGGUACUGGCGUCACGGUCAACUGUUUACACCCCGGCUUAAUCGAUAGUGGUAUUUGGAGGAACGUACCGGCGCCAUUGAGCUGGGGUCUGUGGUUGAUCAACAAAUCGUUCUUCAAAACACCAGCACAGGGCUGUCAGACGUCCGUAAUGCUAGCUGUCGACGAGAACCUGUCCAAGGUCACCGGCAAAUACUUCUCCGAUUGCCAGGAGAGUUCGCUGUCAACAUCCGCAAGCGACAUGGGUAAAGCCAGAAAAUUGUGGGAGAUAUCCGAAAAACUGGUCAAACUAGAGGAAGACGAUCCCAGGAUCUAGAAUGUUCCUCAAAACAAGAAAACGAAUAGAGGAAAUAAGUAUUCUCGAGAAAAUUGCUAAAAAAAAAAGUAAUGUUAUUUACUGUGUAAGUUUAUAUAAUACAGAACAUGUUAUAUAUAAAUAAAACAAAAUAUAUUUUUAAUAAAAUUAUUUUAUACACAGCUAUAUACAUGUUAGAGGUCCCAUAAAUAUGUUAGUUUAGUACGUACGUUAACAAUAUUAUUGAAGUUAAAGCUCAUUUGUGUUUUGGACUGGGAUACAUUAUGUUAUUGUUAAUAAAGUUAUUAGUUAUAAA